AAGUUUCUGCCGCAGACAGCAGCAGCAGUGAUUCGGCAACGCAGAGUAACAACAAAUAGCAAAACAAAUCUCUAUUUGAAUUUUAAACCAUGGCGAUGUUUUAAGCAAUGCCUUUUGAGGAGGUACAUGGAGAUGUGAGGAGGACCCAGUGUCCCAUGUUGCAUUAGUGUCUGUGUGAAAUGCUGGCCUGUCUGCCAGGGCCAGGUGACCUCUCCCUCCAGCUUCUCUCACACACGCAGAUGAACACUGGACUUCAGAAAUGGGACACUACACGGAGGAUGAGAUCCGCUCAAUAUCCAACCCCUGCAGAAUUGGAUGCUUAUGCUAAGAAGGUUGCCAACAACCCCCUGACCAUUAAGAUCUUCCCCAACAGCGUCAAGGUCCCCCAGAGAAACCACGUGCGCCGCACAGUCAACGGGCUGGAUACCUCUUGCCAGCGCUACAGCCCCUACCCCCCCUCUCAGGCCAGCGCCAAGGCCGGCCUCCUUGCCAUCAUCAAGAUGCCAGUCAUCAAGGGCAUCCUCAAAGACUUUGAUGGCAGCCGGGUACGCCUGCAACCCUCCGAGGUCAUCAUGAACCCCCCUGGCCCCGGAGGGCCAUACUCAGCAGCAGCCGCCUCGGCCAGCACUUUAAACCUACACCACCCCCCUUCCCAAGGCCAGGGCAUGCCCCGGCAGAGCCUGAACCCUCACCCUGGGAGCCAGACUCACCCUCAGACUCUACAACAGACUCACCCCCAGCAGCAGGGUCAGUGCCAGGUCCUCAGACACCCACCCUCCAUGCCCCAGCAGCACCCAGAGCAGAGUCUGCCCAGGGCCCAGACUCUGUCCCACCCCCCAGCCAUGGGCCACCCCCAGCCUCCCUCUGGCCCCACUCUCCUGCUCCAACAGCAGCAGCAACAGAUCCUUCAGCAGCAGGGGCAACCUCCUCCCGGCCUUCAGGGGGGCCGAAAGCUGCCAGACGCCGAUGCGCCGCCUAACGUGACCGUCUCUACCUCAACAAUUCCUCUGUCCAUGGCCGCCGGCCUGAACCAGGGCCGCCAGCCAGACCUGAGCAGCAUCGUGCACCAGAUCAACCAGUUCUGCCAAGCCCGGGCCCAGGGGGCUGGGGCCACCUCAAUGUGCGAGGGCCAGAUCGCGAACCCCAGCCCCAUCAGCCGCAACCUCCUCAUCAACGCCAGCUCCAGGUUGUCCAUGCACAGCCACCCACACCCCAACGUCUGUCCCCCCGGGCUGCCCCCACACCCCAACUGCAUCAUGUGUCCUGCGAACAAGGCUGCUGCCCCCUCUCACCCCCAAAACAACAUGGCUGCUUCUAACAUGAUGCCUGUUUACCACAAUGAUAUCAAACAGCAGCAGCAACAACAGCAUCAACAACAGCAUCAACAACAUAAUCACCAACAGCAGAUGCGCUGGAACCAGCAGCAGUUGGCUCAUCUACAGCACAUGCAGCAGGAUGGCGGGGGCCACCCCUGCAAGCACCCCUCUCACAUGGGCUACCCCCCAGAGCUGUGUGUGGGCCAGCCAUACAGCCUGAAGCCCCCUAUAGAGAAGCCCACCCCCUCUCCCCCCAACAACAACAAUGGCAUGCCUGGGGGUCCGCUGGCCCACUACACCAGUGGUGGCCACUAUUUCCAACAACACGCUGUGUGGAACAGCAGUAUCCUGCCAACGCCCAACAGCGACAGCUCCGGGUCUCAGGACCUGUCCAUGCCAUUCCAUGGUGGGCCCCCAGGGGGCUCCACCACCCUAGACUGCGGUGGGCCCCCUGGGGGAGGCCAUUACAGGCCCGGGGCGAGCUCCUCCUCCUCCGGCCAGACUAGUCUGGUGCAAACGGCAGAUUACUUGGGCGGGGACUUCCAGACGCCCUGCUUCCGAGAUCACAAUCUGGGGCUGAUGGGAAAGAUGCACAGGCCUCCCAUGAACAGGGUGGGGCCCGAGGUUGGCCCCGGGGACGGCAGAACCGCUCACAUCCAGCACCCAGGGUACAGAUAAGAUAAGCUACGGCCGGUCUUGUCUACACAGCAGUUAUCGAAAACCUUCUUUUAGUCUUAAAGGAAAAAUAUGAAAUAGAAUUAAAUUAAUAAAUUAAGUAAAAAUUUCCGCUAACAUUAAAAAGAGGACAAAUUAAUAUAUAAUAAAGAGCAGUGUUGGUUUUUCUUUUUCUUGGAGUCUAUCUUGCAAGUGAUCAGUUGAUUUUGUAAAUGAGUGCUUUCACUAGGCACCCUCUAGAGAGCGUUUCUUAUGUGAUUGUCAUCAUUCCCUACCUUUUUUCCAUCCUACCUGUCUAUCAGUGUGCCUGGAUAUAAGGAUACAGAGUUAUUUUUACUUCAGAUCUGUCCUUCCUUCAAUUUCUGCAGAGGAUGGAUGAAAACUCAUUGACGCUUCAUGGAGGAAAGAAAAAACAUUAAUUUGUUUGUUUUUACUGAGUCGUGUGGGGAUUUCUCCUCUGCGAUUAGUUUUUUUGGACAAGUGGCUAAUGUUCCCUUUUUGCGUUUACUUCUGAAACUCGUAGUGACAUCAAGAUUAAAAACCUCUUGAAAUCACCUUGCAGACGAGAUAAUGAAUGGUUCAGUGUGAAACUGAAACUACCAGUCACUGGACACUACAAAGGACAGACUGAGACACAUGUACAAAGAGGCUUUUUCUUUCUUUAGAAAUGUAUUUAUUUGUGAAAUAGGACUGUUUUCUGAAUCAGGUCACUGGUCAAGGUUGAUUCCUCGCUAUCAUCAAAGUAUCUAAUCUAAUCAGGUUGAUGUUUGUACAGAGCAUAGAUAUAUAUACUGUAUAGACAGUGUAGACAUCUAGAUCCAGCAGGGAGCAACAUACGUGGGGACUGACUGGGGGAGCUGACCAACGCGCUCUUGCUCAAAAUGCUGCAAUGAAUUCAGGUGUCUGUUACAAACCAUUUGUCACCAAUGCCAAUUGAGAUUGGCAACAUGAUUGUGGAUUAAUAUAUUUUUAUUUUAAUGGAGUGAAAAAAAUAAUUAAUUCUGUCUGAAGCCUUAAAUGGCCAAAGUCACAUAAUUGACAAGGAAAACUUAUUUUAAAAGAUGUAAUUUUAUGUUUCCUAUCAUUUUUCGUGAACCCGAAAACAACUACUUGAAUUGUUGAAAUGCGAUGUUCUGUUUGGCAGUUGUUUAGUGAAGGCAGUGAGCUAGUUAGCAGGACUAAACCUAUCUACUGGAGUGAAAUAAAUAGAAUUGUUACUAAUAUAAUGUUAUUUUAGAAACUAACUAUGAACCAAAUUAGAGUUUUGUUUUUAAUCACUAAAGCUAACUUAGUUGCUACUGAUUCUGGUAUGAAGUCUGCUGAAAAUACCAAAUUGAUCACUUGCAAGAUCACUUGGAGGUUAAAGGAAAUUGACUAACUUAAGUGAAACAGCAAAUGCGUUGUUUAUUUUAUUUUACACUGGCUUACCUACUAUACUACUGUAACUUUUUAAAGUGUAAUGAUUGUGUGAGAAUGAUGCCUGCUGAUGCAGGUUGAGUAUAGACGUGUGUGCAUGUGCGUUUUGUAUGUAUGCAGAUGUGAGUGUGUGUCUGUACGUGAGAGUGGUGGACACAUUGACCUCCACUUUCUGUUCGCCUCCUUCCCUAACAGCCCUUAAAAAGCCUUAAGUAUUUAGUCCUUGGACUUUCCUUUGAAAACAUGCAUGGUUAUAACGAAAACCCAAAAUGAUGAUUAUGAGAAUGACGAUUGCAAGGAUACAUACAGAGGACCCACAAUUUCUGUUUGUUAAUUUGCCUUUUAUUUUUAUGGGAGUUUUUGUUGAAUAGGAAAGGCAAUUCCUUAAAGAUUCUUCUUAAUUACGAAAACAAGAAAUUGAGUUAUAUUUUGUAAUUAUAUUUUAAUCCUACAGUGCCUUGCAAAAGUGUUCAUUCUCCUUGGAUUUCAUCAAAUUUGAUUGUGUUACAAAGUGGGAUUAAAAUGGAUUCAAUUGUUCAUUUUUUUCAACAAUCUAUGCAAAAUACUCUGUCAAAGUUUAAGAUUAAUAGAAAAUUAAAUGACUAAAUUAUAGUCGUUGCAUAAGUAUUAAUCUCCCUGAGUCAAUACAUGUUAGAAACACCUUCGCCGCGAUUACAGCUGUGAGUCUUCUUGGGUAGGUCUCUGAGGUUUACACCUAUAUUGUGCAAUAUUAUAAACUGGUGGUUAGAGCCCUGAAUGAUGAUUGUCUGAAAGCUGCGGUAUAUCACACUGUAUACCGCGGGUAUGACCCAAAACAUUUUUUUACUGCUCUAAUUACACUGGUAACCAGUUUAUAAUGGCAAUAAGGCACCUUGGGGUUUUGUGGUAUAUUGCCAAUAUACCACGGCUAAGGGCUGUAUCCAGGUGCUCCGCGUUGUGUCGUUGUUGAGAACAGCCUUUAGCCGUGGUAUAUUGGCUAUAUACCAAACCCCCUCGGGCCUUAUUGCUUAAUUAGCCCAUUAUUCUUUUCAUAAUUCUUCAAUCUCUGUCAAGAUGUUGGAGAUCAUGGCUAGACAGCAAUUUUCAAAUCUUUUUCAUAGAUUUUCAGUCAUAUUUAAGUCAAAACUGUAACUUGCCCACUCAGGAACAUUCUCUGUCGUCUUGGUAAACAGCUCGUGUACAUUUGGCCUAUUAUAAGUUAUUGUCCUGCUUAAAGGUGAAUUCCUCUCCCAGUAUCUGGUGUAAAGCAGACUGAGGUAGGUUUUCUUCCAGGAUUUUGCCUGUGCUUAGCUCCAUCCCAUUUCUUUUCAUCCUGGAAAACUCCCCAGUAUUCGCUGAUGUCAACCAUACCCAUACCAUGAUGCAGCCACCACCAUGCUUGGAAAUAAGGAGGCAGUUACUCAGCGCUGUGCUGUUGGAUUUGCCCCAAACAUAAGACUUUGCAUUUAGGCCAAAGAGUAUAUUCUUUGGUGGUGUUUUUUUUUCUUCAGCUUUUUUGCUUUGCCUUGGUGCGCACACAAGAUGAAUGUUUCGCAAUAUUUCUAUUCAGUAUAUUUGUAUUAUUUUCACUCUGUCUUUUAAGUCAUUGUGGCAUCACUACAAAGUCAUUGAUCCAUCGUCAGUUUUCUCCCAUCACAGCCAUCGAACUGUUUUAAAAAUCACUAAUGGCCUCAUGGUAACAUCCC